CUGUGAUAGUUUGAAUGUUGGUGAUCAUGGAUACAAUUGUUAGUUUUGGCUAUGAAGAUGUUAUGAUUAAGAAUGUGUAUUACACAACAAUUGGAGGGAGUGUAAGCACAUUGAAGUGUUUGGCUACUGAUGACAGUAUUAGGGACAUUAUUCGCAUGGUUGAUAACAAUGUAGUUGAGGAGGAAGGUGAACACGAAGAAAAGGUAGGUGAGAGUAUUGAUAGUGAGGCUAAGGCAGGAGCAAAGGAAGGUGACUUGGGUAACAUAACCCAAGAGUACCUUGUUGGUAGUAAGGGUAAUAUUAGGAAUGCAUUUGAGAAAGGUGAAUGUAGCAAAGGUCAUAGAGGUAAUUGUGGAGAAUUAGAGUUCGAGUCAACAGAUGGUUGUGUUGAUGACUGGAGCUCAACAGAUGAUGAUGAAGAACCUCUUUGCAAUAGCGAUAAAGAUAAUGAGGAGUUAAUUGAUGUGAAGAAACGUGUAAGGUUUAUUAGGAGACCAAUAGAAAGAUUAAAAGUUCCUAGUGGGCUUCAAACACCACAAGUGGUCAAGUACAAGCAUGUUGUAAAAAUGCCAACCCCUAAAUCUACUAUAAAAAAGCCAGCCACUAGAUCUACUCCAGUCUCUAAGGGUAAGAAAGUUGCAUCAUCAGAUCUUACUAAGUUGAGAAGUUGAGGAAAAAGAAGGUAAAGCUUGUAGACAAGAGGUAAAAAACACUACAUCAUACAAAGGAAUGUUAGAAGGGAAAGGAUUGAACACCAACUAAACAGAAGAAAGGACAUCAUGUACAUCCUUCUAAAAGCAAUCCUGUUGAAAAUAAUGUGCUAGAUAGUGACAAUGAUGGUAGAGACAAUCAAUAUGAAAACAGUGAUGAUGUUGGGUAGUUGAGGGAUUCAUCUAUUGAGUCUAAAAAACAAAAUUUGUUUUUUGUUUCAUCUAAUGUAGCAAGACAAAGGAGAGCUUUUAAUGUGUACUUCAAUCCUUCUUAGGAGGUACCAUUCUUUGAAGUUGGUAUGAGAUUCACAGUGCAAUAUAGUUCAAGGAAGCGAUGAGAAAGUAUUCUGUGAGGAAACGUUGCCCUUUAGUUCAUAUAAGGAAUGAGCCUAAAAGACAAAGGUUCGUUUGCAAAUCUAGUUGGUGCUGUUGGGAGAUUUAUGGUUAUUUGUCAAUAAAGAUAACAAUUUCCA